ACAGAUGCUUAAGUCCGAGAGUGCCAAACACACACACACACACACACACAGAUGCGCAAUGGAGCUGUUCACUGCGAUCAUAAAUGCUGCUUCACUGAGCUUUGUACUGGCUGGAGCUGGGGUACACUGGACAUAUAAAGAGGGAUCUCUGGAUCAGAUCCACUGGCCAGAUGAGUAUCCUUCGUGCGGUGGCCGUAAACAAUCCCCCAUUGACAUCCAGCGGCGCAACGUGCAGUUCAACCCACACAUGCUGCAACUGGAGAUGACCGGAUAUGGUGAAGUGAAGAAUGGCAACUUCCUCAUGAUCAACAAUGGACACUCAGUCCAAAUUAACCUUCCCUCCACUAUGAAGAUAACGAAGGGGCUGCCAGCCUGCUACACAGCUGUUCAAAUGCACUUACAUUGGGGCGGAUGGGACCUGGAAGCCAGUGGCGCUGAACAUACUGUGGAUGGCAUCCGUUAUAUGGCAGAACUUCAUGUGGUCCACUACAACUCUGAUAAGUACAAUAGCUUUGAUGAGGCCAAGGAUAAGUCUGAUGGUCUGGCAGUGUUGGCCUUCUUUUAUGAGGAUGGGCAUUUUGAGAACACAUACUACAGCGACUUCAUCAAUAACCUGGAAAAUGUCAAAUAUGCAGGGCAGUCCAUGAAUAUUUCGACUCUAAAUGUACGUUCCAUGCUCCCUGAGAACCUCGCCCAUUUCUUCAGAUAUGAGGGCUCUCUUACGACGCCACCAUGCUACGAGAGCAUCCUGUGGACUGUGUUUGAUACCCCCAUCACCCUGUCCCAUAACCAGAUCAGGAAGCUGGAGAGCACACUUAUGGACCUGGAAAAUAAGACCCUGUGGAAUGACUACCGCAUGGCACAACCUCUCAAUGACAGAGUGGUAGAGUCCUCAUUCCUUCCUCGCCUGGGAAAAGGCACAUUUUGUAGGCAAGAGGAGAUUGAGGCAAAGCUUUUAAAUAUUGAAAGCAUGAUUACCUCUCUUGGAAAACAUAUACACUCAGAUGGUGGUUAUAGGCCUCCCAAUAAAGAUCCACAGGCAAUAUUCCCACUAGUACUUAAUUUCCCUGCAAGCAAGCUAGAGAGUUAUGCUCUGAUGAGCCUGGCUCAACCAAUGAACCUGCACUCCUUUACGGUGUGCAUGAACCUGCGUAUGCAUGUCCGCCCUGUGCACACCGUGCUCUCCUACUCCACCUCUGCAAACGAAAACGAGCUCACGAUCACCAUGGGCUAUGAGGUGGGGCUCUGGAUCGGAAAUGAGUUUGUCAACCUUCCCCAUGAACUGAGCCCCCGUGCCUGGACGCAUUACUGUCUGACCUGGGCUUCGCACACUGGAGGGGCAGAGCUCUGGGUGAAUGGUGCUCUUGGAAAGGAGCAGUACCUGCGAGCGGGCUACACCAUUCCUCCCGGUGGUGACCUCAUCCUGGGAAAGGACCAGGAUGGAUUCCUGGGAAUCUCUGAUUCGGAUGCAUUCGUGGGCUAUAUGACUGAUGUGAACAUAUGGGAUUAUGUGUUGGGUCCUGAGGAGAUCCAAAAGGGGAUGAGCUGUGAGAGAAACUCAGAGAAAGGCAACGUGCUGAAUUGGGGAGUCACACGUAUGAGUCUGUAUGGUGGAGUCCAACUGGAGACUGAACACAAGUGCUCGUAAUUCAACACAUUUAACUUCUUCUAAAUGGCCUGAAUAACAUUAUGUUGCUUCUCUCUCUCUCUCUCUCUCUCUCUCUCUCUCUCUCUCUGAUAUCAAUUUUGUUUUCUAUGUAAGACAAAUAUAUACAUCCAUUAUCUACAAACAUUCAAUACACUUUAUAAAAAUUAUUUGCAUAUUUUAAUAGAACAUGUUUUUAAAAUAAAGUAACAUACGAGAUAUGUUUUUUUUCCCAA